AUGUUUAGUACUCUACGGCAAACGUCUGGCGAUGGAGACCGUCUCCUCAGCGUGGAGAUUGCUCCACCCUUUGACAAGGACAGGAUGUCAAUGCGGACCGCGUGUGAGAGAUGCCGCGUACAGAAGUCCAAGUGUGUCAGUGGCGAGAAUGGCUGUAUGCUGUGUGUUGCCAAGAACCAGAAAUGCGAGUACCUGGUUGUGUCGAGGCCACGACGGCGCAAGUCCAACAUUGCUGGCGGUGGCCCAAAGUCCCGCGACGAUAACGAUGAUGAGGACGGCGACAACACAGUCGUCAAUCAGCAAAAGCAGUCAAAUCAGGCUAGGAUGCAAAAACGAUGGUCUCGAAUGCAGACAAUACGACAGUCAUCGCCAUUAUCAGGGCCAUCAUCUCCACCCACUGAUCAAGUGAGGGUUUCAGCGAAGCCCUCGAUUCAAGAUGACAACAGUAACAUAAUAGGGCCAGACCUGGGCCUAGAAGAUGCACAUCAAAUAAUAUUCAACGGUGGUCUCUUCCCGGACUCCCUUGGACAAAUCCCGGCUCUCUUUCCACACCUCGAGCCCGCAGCCAUUAAAGACUUCUUUAGCAAUAUGCCUAUAGCUACGGAGAAUACCCAUGCAGGCCGUGGUGUUACCGCAGAAGCAUUGACUGCUCGAGGAGACAGUGGCGGGCUAAACAGUCACACCUCUGUAUACUCAACCUCAUCAGCAGAUAGCCUGUUUGACUUUGGAGUUGAUCAGAUGGACUUUCUGAUGGACGAGUCACGCAUCACUGCUAUAGCUCCAAGAAGUACCAGUAGCAGCAAUAAAGUUGCAAGAGACAUUCGUGCUCCUGCCACUCAUUCUUCAACACCAUCAGAAUCAAACUCUACAUCCAUUUCUACAUCUUCUUCUUGCAGUUGUAUGAUGACAGCUGUGGGUAUCUAUGAGGCUUUGCAAGUUGAGCUGAACUGGGGCGAUCCAAUUGCUGGCCCAUCGGCUACAUCAAGUCCCAAAUCCUCAUCGGCGGGCUCUUCAUACUCGUCUGGGCCGCCAUCGUGGUCAGACUCAGGUUCGAUAACAAACCAUUCAACAACACUGAUGACCCAGCAAACGAUCUUGAAACGUCAAAAGACGGUGCUACUCCGUUGUGACUCCCUCACCCGGUGUAGCACCUGCUGGUCCCGCCCGGACUUUGUUAUGCUAAUCAUUACCAUAUGUGAUCGCAUAUUGACUAGUCUGGAGGCGGUCGAGCGUUUUGUCUGUAACAAGAAAGACGAUGACAUAGAUAGAAUCAGUUCCAACGGCUCUACCACUGCCGUAGAUAUCCAGGCCGCACGCACGGAGCUAGACUCAUCCCUGUCCACCACUUCCCAGGGACUACAAUCUGGGGUUGGUGCAUGGCAGAUUGAUGACGAGGAUGAGCAGGAAAUGGUUAUUAGCUUGAUCAAAUCCCGCGUUACAAGACUCGGCAAUCUGAUCAACAUAGCUGAGGGGACAAUUAGCGCAAACGGGUGGCCUUGGCAUGAGAGGCUGGCUCAGGCUCUACGGAGGAGGUCUAACAAGCUUGCCAUAUCCUUGUCAUUUCGCGGUUUUCCGUAA